GGAAAGAGCUGCGGGCUCCACACGGCUCUCCACGCGACGUGAUGUAAGAGUGAAUUUCGAGGAGCCGUCCUUGGAGUUUUGUGGCAAUGGUUCCCUGGAUGCAUCGUCGUCUUCGGGCACCGUUCGACUUGCGCCGCAGCGUAUGCAGGAUCCGCUGUCUGUCGGGUUUAUGGAGGAAGCUCAAGAGCAACAGCGAGAGUCUUCGCACGCGAACGCUGCCAUGGAGGUAGUCUACGAAGGAUGGCUCGUGAAAUCGCCGCCGGAGCGAAGGAUCCGACGAGCGAAGUGGAGGCGACGCUGGUUUGUCCUGCGACCAUCUGGCCAAGUGCCACAGCAAUAUGUCCUGGAGUACUACACAGACCAGACCUACAGGAAACUGAAAGGCACUAUUGACCUUGACCAGUGUGACCAGGUUGUCAACGUGCGUGGUCUUCAGGUUGACGCUGAGCUGGAGGUGGUGACAAAGUCCAAGUUCAUGUUUGACAUCAAGACGUCGAAGCGAACAUACUACCUAGUCGCCGAUUCUGAAGCCGUCAUGAACAAGUGGGUCGACUGCAUAUGCAAGGUCUGCGGCCUACGCAUGCGGGUUGAAGCAGAGGGAGGCUCAGAAGAACCACAAGCUGAGGCAUCAGCAGAACCCCCCAAGCAGUCUUUGCCAAGUGACGAAAGUCCAACACCUGCUGAACCUGCGCCAGCACCACUCUCUACAGCUGCUGAACAUCCAAGCAGCCUUUCGAAUGAUGACUCCAAUCCCUAUAUUCCUAUAAGUGAAUGCAUCACUGGAAAACCCGUUGGCAAUGGGCUCCCACGAUCAUGUCCUGAAUCACAACUGGUUGAUUUUUACGACACCCCUCGUUGCAGCACGGGGCGAACGUCUCCAGACCCUGUUAUGGACGCCAUGUGCCGGAUGCCACGACCUCCGGAAAAGCCAGUGCGAGAGCUGAGUGGUGCCAGUCUUCUCGGCUCAACCGUGCCGGCUCCCAAGGUCAACUGGAACACAUAUCCAAAAGACUCUCCAGCGCCAGGAAUGUCCACUAGUAGUCAAGCGCUCAACUACAGCCCCGUGCCUCCACUGCGACCUACAAGCAGCCGAGAGGAGGUUGUUGAGCUGACCACUUCUCAGAGCAGUAAUGUGUACAACGGGGACACCCUUGGUAGGGCUGGCCUUACCUUGCGUAAAGCGGGUCGUUCUGGAAUGUCUGUGCCUCCUGCACCACUUACUAGGCAGGAUGCUACCGAAGAAUCUUACGACCGUCCACCUGUGGCUCGGCCCUCUUCUGCGUCCAACAUGCAGGCUGUACGGCGGACAUCACAGGCGACGAAGUCAUACCUCCCCGUCCGCCAAAACCUGCAAACAUCCGGAUCCGUCCUGUAGCCAGCGGUUAUGACGUGCCUCCGCCGCCUUCACA